GGAAAAGAGUAACUUUUACAUAAUUAAUGUAUAAAAAUAAAAACCUAUCUGUCAAAGCAAUCACAAAAAUCUAUUCCUUGAGACGCACAAUCACUCCUUCUCACCUCGUCCAGCCUGACCACUUCAGCCCAGGCCAAUGACAGAAUUGAGGCCAUCCAAAAAAAAGACAACGUUACCGUCCGCCGUCAUUAAUACCCUUGGUACAGUACCCUCCUAACCAAUACUUUAACAUCCUCUUCUCCACAACAAACAAAAUGCCCCCCAAACGUAGACAAACUACAAGCAAACGUCGCCGCAAAAAUGACAGUUCUGACGAGGCAGAAGAAGAAGAACAGGAUGAUUCCUCGGUAGAAGUGGCCCCAGCACCAGCGCCAGCCAAAAAGCCAGCCAAGAAAGGAAGGUCCAUUCGCAAGGAAGUGAAGAUUGCGAAAGAUGUCGAUGCCGUCCUUAAAAAAUGCCGUCAACUAAAGGCUAAUCUACGAAAGAAAGCAGCUUUGGAAUCAGCCCAAAAGAAAUCAAGUGGCAAAAAGAACAAGGACUCGGAGGAUUCGUCUGAAGAAGACUACAGUGACGACAUGUUGUUGUUGGAGGAGGUGGAUUCCAAGCCCAAUGCGAUAAUCAGCAGCAAACCAGCCACAAUUUCGCCCUCGGAAAUUCCUUCUAGUGGUAUAAUUGAAGUAUCCGAACUCAAUGCGACUGAAGUUUUGGAGGGAUUGGAAACCAUCGCCCUUCGGGUAACCAAUCAAGUGUUAACCAAACAAGGAUUUUCCAUGGCAGUGCCCAGUCGAGGACCCGGCAAUCAAAUAUACGUUGCCGAAUGGGAUCGGAUCGUCCUGGGGAACAAGCAUCUGUCGCGGAAUUUCCUCAGCGUCAAAGAUACGCGCAAAACCGCCGUUACCGUCAGAGUCAUGCAGCUGCUUCAUGCUGUCUUGUCCAAACGCAUUCACAUUACCAAACGUGACCUCUUUUACACGGAUGUCAAGCUAUUUGUCAAUCAGAUGGACUCGGAUGGAGUUCUAGAUGAUGUUGCCACCAUGAUUGGCUGCACACGUUCCAAUCUUCAUGUCGUGGCCAGUGAUAAGGGUCUCGUGGUGGGGCGAAUCCAAUUCGAAGAAGAUGGGGAUUACAUUGAUUGUACAAGAAUGGGUGUCAGCGGAAAAGCAAUAGCUCCAUAUAUCGACAAGAUUGAGAACAUUGUCAGUGACGCCGAGUUUAUUCUUUUGGUGGAGAAGGAAGCCGCUUACAUGCGGUUGGCAGAAGACAGAUUCUACAACAAGUAUCCUUGUAUCAUUAUCACUGCCAAGGGACAGCCGGAUGUGGCCACGCGAAUGUUCCUGUCUCGGGCAGCAUCCCAACUUCAAAUUCCCGUGCUGGGUUUGGUAGAUUCUGAUCCCUAUGGCCUCAAGAUUCUCUCCGUCUACAUGAGUGGAAGUAAAAACAUGAGCUAUGACUCGGCAAGUCUCACAACUCCCGAUAUCCAAUGGUUGGGGCUCAGGCCCAGUGAUCUCGACAAAUAUAACUUGCCCGAACAGUGCAGGCUGGAUAUGACCGAAUUCGAUAUUAAGACGGGCAAAGAGUUACUCAAAGAAGACUUUAUUGUGAAGAAUCCAAAGUGGAUGAAGGAAGUUGCCGAAAUGGUCAAGACAAAGAAGAAAGCAGAGAUUCAGGCGUUGUCUUCGUUUGGGUUUCAGUACAUCACGGAAGAAUAUUUGCCCCGGAAAUUGAGAGAGGGUGAUUGGAUCUAGUUUUAGCCUCGAUAUUGUAUUAGCUAUUAUGGUUCUAGCUACCGGUAGCUAGAAAGUGGUUUCAAACUGAUUUGCCUUGAACAGUUAUGGCAUGCGUCUGUUACUACCAUUUAGUCCAGACUGUGGGCCACAGGGACCAACCUGUCUGUGGCAAGGCUCUAACCCUACUGCAAUAUCCGCAAGAUCUUUCGCAGGGGACCCAAGAUUUCCCAAUGCCGCCACGAAUUUAGAAGAGUA